AUUUAUUUACUCUAUUUUACAUUUACUUUGAUUAAUCAAAAUCAAACAGUAAAAAAUGAUUUGUAGAGGUUUUUUGCGAAAAUUUUGUGUAGCCGCUAGUGCUAGAGCUGUAGUCCGGGAAAAAUUGGAUUAUAAAAAAUUAAAAUAUGCAAGUAAAAUACCAAACUCUCCUCAUGUUAGUGCGAAUGAAAAUGACCAUCCACCGGUGCCAAUUACUUCAAAGACAUUUUUAUUGCUAGAACGUUUAUCAUUGGUUGAUAUAGAUGGCGAUGAAGCACAGAAGACUGUGGAGAAGAGUGUACAAUUUGCUGAAAAGAUAACAAACAUAAAUACCUCCAAUAUCCAACCGUUAUACAUGGUGCUGUAUGAACAGCCUCUGCGAUUACGCAAGGACGAAAUUUCUGAAGGGAACUGUCGAGAAGAUAUACUUCAAAACGCUAGUGUUACCGAUGAGGACUAUUUCAUAUCACCUCCAGGAAAUAUACCCUUAAAUCAGGAGAAUUCAUCUCAGCAGCAGUAAGAAGUUUUUAUUUAGUACCUUAAUAGAUAUCAAAUAUAAAGCCACCAAAUAAGAACGAAA